AUGGCCCACAACCACUCCACCGUCAGCGACCUGGUCCUGUACAUCCUGGCCUUCUUCAUCCCGCCGCUGGCCGUCUUCUUCCGCACCGGCUGCGACGCGGAUUUUCUCAUCAAUAUCUGCCUGACCAUCCUGGCCUGGUUCCCCGGCGUCAUCCACGCCUUCUGGAUCAUCCACCGCACCAAGAGGGCCGUCGUGGUGCCCGCCAUUGGAGGCCAUAAGGGGCCCGUGACGGGUCAUCACUAUUAA